AUGAGGGCGAUUCAGAGCCUCGAGCCGCCGCACUGGCGGGCCUCCAGCUGGUUGCUGGCGGCCGCGCGUGCGCCAGACGUGCUGAGCUACGGCCUCGCCCUGGGCGGCUUCGGGACGCGUCAGUGGCGCCUGGGCACCUCGUGGCUGGCGCAGGCGCCGCUGAGGCGGCUGGCGCCCAACGCGGUGGUCUGGACCACGGCCGCCAGCAGCUGCCAGUGGUGGCGCAUGGCGCUGCAGCUGCUGGGCAUGGGAGGCCUGCGGGCCGACACGGUGAGCUUUUCCAGCUCCGUGGCCCGCGUGCAGGAGUGGCAGGCGGCGCUGGCCCUGCUGAUGGAGAUGGCCCAGCGCGCGCUGCGGCGCAACGUGGUGGCGCUGGGGGCAGCGCAGGCGGCGUGCGAUUGGACCUGGGGCCUGCGGAUGCUGGCGGAACAGGCCCCUCGGCUCAGCGAGCGCCUCUGCGACGCUGGCGUCCUGAGCUGCGUCGAGGGGGGCCAGUGGUCCAAGGCGCUGGCGCUCUUUCUCGACACCGAGCAGCAGCAAACUUCGCCCAGGUCGGCCACGUCGUUCCUGCACAUGUUGGCGACGUUGCGGAUUGAGGACCCCGAGGUCAUUCAUGGCAUAUGUGUGGAGGCAGUGGCGGCUCCGCUCACCGAGGUGCCCAAGUUGCUUUGGGCGACCACCAUGCUGGGCGCCUGGAACGCGGCCUUCUACCGCCGCUGUUCCGCGGAGGUGCUGCGGCGGCGGCGGGCGCUGAGCGGCGCCGCGCUGCUGCGCUGCGCCUGGGCCUUGGCCUCGGCGGAGGCUUGGGGCGGCGGCGGCGUCUGGCGGCGCCUGCAGGAGGAGGUCAUGCUUCGCCUGCGCGAGCCUCUGGCCUGGCAGACGCAGCAGGACAGCGCCGUGCCAUACGAGGAUUUUUUGGGAAUACUGUGGAGCUGCAACAUGGCCGGCGUGCUGAUGGCGCCGUGCAGGCAAAUGCUGGCACAGCGCCUGCGGGAGCGCGGCCGCGCCAGGGAUGCGGCGAAUGGCCGUCCCAGCCUCGGGCGCGCGCAAGGGGACCGUGCGGUGCUGCUGAAGCCUCCCGGUUGGGGCACCUGCGACGGGGAGUCCCCGCUGCAGGCGGCGCAGGUGGCUCAGGAGAUGUUUGGCGACGUCCCCAUUUUCGCAGACCGCCAGCAUUGGCACGGCUUCCUGCACCGCCUGGACGUGCCGUGCUCGGGUUUGCUCUUGUUGGCCACCAGCUACGAGGCCUUCUACGAUUUGCAGCUGCAGUUGCAUGUGGGCGACCUGGCGCGGGACUACGUGCUGCUGUGCCACGGUUGCCUGGCCACGCGGCGCCUGGGCGCGCCGCUGCUGGCGAGGGGCGGGGUGACGCUGGCGGGGCGGGGCCGCCGCAGCGUGAGCUGCGCCAAGGCGCUGGGCCACGGGACGGACGCGCUGGGGCGCUUCCUGAGCCUGGCGGCGGUCAAGAUUUGGACGGGGCGCCAGCACCAGAUCCGGUGCCAUUUGGCGCACGUGGGGCAUCCCACGGUGCACGACAGCCUCUACGGGGGUGUUGCGACACUGGCGGAGGACGAGAGAAUUUGUGGGCGAAAUUGGCUGCAUCGCUACAGACUCGCCUUUAAGGAAGGUGACGGCUCGUGGCGCAGCUGCUCCUGUCCGGUGCCGGUGGACCUGGCAAGCGGCUUGGAGCUGCGGGUGCUGAGGGGCGAAGUGGACCUGAGGCAUGCGCCGCCGCCCUGGGAAGAGUGCGUGGCCUUGGCGCCGGAAAAGGGGCGCGGAAGUUCGAUCGCCUCAGGACGCGUGUCUUUUGGUCCGCAGGCCUAUUUUCAGGCCAAUGUGCUGCUCCGUGUGGAUGGAGCAGCCAAUGUGCUGCUCCGUGUGGGCGGAGCCUAUUUUCAGGCCAACGUGCUGAUGCAGCAGCACAUAGGCCUGAAAGCAGGUCGCGGCACGGGGAAGCACCUGGAGCCGUUGAAGCUUGCAUCUAUCUGCAUUCCAGGUCUGCUGCUCUUCGUGGAUUUGGGCGACUUUAUGACCCGCCUGGACCCUGCAGUGCGUCCCAAAGACGAGCAGUCGGACCGUCUGAACCUCCGCGGCGUGGCCAUGACCAACCCUGGCGGCACCUAUAUGUACCUGGGCGUGGAGCGGGGCGUCCAGCUCCUGGAGUACGAGUGGCGCAGCUCGCACCGCGUCUUCCGGAGCUUCAACUUGCAGGGCCUGCCAACGUUGGGCGCUUCCGGCCUGCAAUGCGUGUGCUUCGUGCCCACACCCUCGAGCCCUCACCAGGGGUACUUCUACGUGGGAAGCAGCAUCUCAGGAGAGUUGUACAUCUAUGAGGUGCCCCUGCUUGAGGAGGGGCAGAAGGUGGCAAGCUCAGUGCGAGUCUGGUCGCCUUUGAAGGGAAACCCGCGCCUCACUGGCCUUGAGUACCACGAGGGGUACAUCUUUGUGAGCUAUGACGAGGGCCUCUCGACACAUGUCCUCAUCUUCCGGGUGCUGGCCUCCGGGAUGCCGGGGGAGCUGCUGGAAGAGCACCAGGUGGACGUGGUCCACGGCUCGGGCGUCGCGGCGCGGCAGGUGAGCGAGGAGAAGUGGGAGAUCUUCUUCGUCUCCGGGGAGAAGAUGAAGAUCUAUGGGUACGGCUUCCGCUUCGUCACCGGCUUCGAGCCCCACGACUUUUGCGCUGAGAGCUUCCAGGCGCCCAAGGCACACUUCGCGAAGGCACGCGGCGGAUCUUUGGCUGGCCUCGUGGCCGUGAUGUUGCUAGGUGUGGUGGACGGCGCGCUGUGA